CGGACGCGUUUUGACGUGUAGUGGCGUCAGAGUCGGUAUGUGGAGAGCAGCCAUGUCGGAGGAGGUCGGGAAGGCGGUCCAGUCGGUCCUGGAGCGGGUCAACCAGGCGGCGGCACGGCGGCCCAAGGCGCUGCCGUCGGUGCCGCCCCGCCUCGUGGCGGUCAGCAAGACCAAACCCCCGGACAUGGUGGUGGAGGCCUACAGGCAAGGACAACGAAACUUUGGAGAAAAUUACGUGAAUGAACUUGUGGACAAAGCUUCAGAUCCUCUGAUUUUGGAAUCAUGUCCAGAGAUAAAGUGGCAUUUUAUCGGCCAUCUGCAGAAGAAUAAUGUGAACAAGCUCCUGGGCGUACCCAACCUGUUUCUGGUGGAGACGGUGGACUCGGCCAAGCUGGCCGACAAGGUCAACAGCUCAUGGCAGCGCCUCCGAGGAGCCAGCACCCAGAGGUUAAAGGUCAUGGUGCAGAUCAACACCAGCGGGGAACAGAGUAAACACGGGCUGCCGCCGGAGGACACGGUCAACACGGUCAAGCACAUCGUGUCUCAGUGUCCGGCUCUGCACUUCUCAGGACUCAUGACCAUCGGUCGCUACGGCUACGACCUGGCGCUCGGUCCCAACCCCGACUUCCAGAUGCUGCUGAGUCGGCGGCAGGAGGUGUGCGACUCUCUGAAGCUCCCCCCGGAGGAGGUGGAGCUCAGCAUGGGCAUGUCCACAGACUUCGAGCAUGCGAUCGAGGUGGGCUCCACCAACGUGCGAGUGGGCAGCAUCAUAUUUGGAAACAGGGAGUAUCCCAACAGCGCGGCCAACACUCCCAUCCCCAGCCCGGCCCCCAGCCCGGCCCCCAGCCCCGAGAAGACCUCCAAGACGGUGUCGGAGGAGGCAGCCAAGAAGAUGCACCACCUGACGGUGUCUGAACACUGAGAGCGGGCCGGAGGACGGCCGCCGUCGGUGUCAUUGCCUCACCCUCCUCACUUUUUGUGCGCCCCGUUGCUCUUUUAAACAUUAAGAAGUGGCAUUCACUACAGAAGUAGUUUAGCCUUGUUCCAGCAGCGACUGGCAGGUGUAGAGGAGCAGAGCCGUGGCUACACAGACACCUCGGCUUCACCGCCGCUCAAGCAUUACGUCUUAACAGAUCUAUACUACCUUCUACAGGUGACUCCUCCGCAUGUUCUGAAGGCGUCAGACAGGACAUCUUAUGCCUUAUUUCAAGCUCGUAUCAGUUUAAAUUGGCCUCAUUACUGAUUAUUUCGAAGUGGGACUAUCAAAGGCGCUCAUGUUGAUCAGAAUUAAACUAUUAAUAUAGUUAGAAUUUGGCUGUCAAAAUGAUUUUCAGCCUCUAAAGACCUGCUUGAUGGUUUGAAGCUUUGAGGCUCUGCCACCUAAUAAUAAAGUUAAAUUGGUACAUUUGAAAGGUAAUUUGGCUAAAAUUGGGAAAAUUAUGGAAAAAUGUAGACGAAAAAUUGCUUAGUUUGUAAUAGUCAAUCAGUAGAAAUUGUCAAAAGCUAAAAAUAGCAAAAUAUAUAAUAAAACUAGUUCUGAGGAGUCUUAACUGGGAGAUUUGUUAGUUUUUGUAUGUCUGUGUGAUCUGUUCUUAUUUUUUAAUCCCAUUGAGAGGUGAGUUUUCCGUGGCAGUCGUGACUCAGUUGGUCGUGAAAGUUUCAGACUUCUGCUCCUGAUAUCUGAAGAAUAUCUGUGAACACUGAUAUUUUGUACAGUGUACUCAUUCAAUAGAAAUCAGCAGCAGGUAACAUUUCCUGCUCUUCAGAGCUGAUUUUCUGUUUUCCCAGCGAACAGGGUUUGUUUUGAAGCCGUCUGUUUCCACCGAUGCAUUUGAGGAGUCCAGCUGUAACCGAUGACGGCGCUGCGGUUUGUGCAGCCCGGCUCUGCAGAGGAGAACACAGAUAACCAGACUCUGUGACGCUGCUGUGAUAUUUUUUAACUUUCCAAUCUAACGUGUGUCGGUAAUGGAAACUUCUGCAGGUGCAAUGUACCGUUUUUUGUUGUACAGAUGAGACAAAGACUUGAUUUAAUAAAAUGUGUAUCCCUUUAUAAUGACA